UGCACUGGCCUAAAUAUACGUACAACAGAGUGAACCGGAAGGUAUGCUAGUCGCUUCAAUAAGGUAAUUGCAUUCAUCAUUUGUUCUUCGAAUACAAUGUCAAAUAAGGCGAGUUUGGUGUUAACAGCUUUAAAUAUAGUUCUGGGUAGUUUUUCAAUUUCCUCAGCCGGGAAUAGUUCCUAUGCUGAUUCGAACAUACCUGCAAUUGCUAGGUAUUUCGGAACAAAAUGCAGAUAUGAAGAAGUGAAUCCGCACCUGGUAGAUAACAUAUUGUAUGUGAACAAAUCUAAUGUUGAACCUCCGUCUCCCGAUUGCAAGGCAGUUCAUAUCACUGCUAUCCUAAGGCAUGGCACAAGAUACCCAUCCCUCAAAUAUAUUAAAGAUAUGGAACAUAUUUACCGUCUUGUGUUAACUAUGGCGAAUGGCAGUGAAAGCUGGUUGUGGGACCUUAAAACUCGGUGGAAGAUGUGGUAUAAUGAGGAAAUGGACGGACGUCUCGUGGAAAAGGGCCGCGAGGAUCACAGACAUUUGGCUGUCCGACUGGCCGCAUCAUUCCCAACAUUGAUUUCUGUGGAAAAUUUACGGAAUAAUCGCUUUGACUUUAUUACUAGCUCAAAACAUAGAUGUGUUGACAGCAUCAAGGCAUUCGAGAAAGGACUAGAGGAACUCUGGAAAACUGAAGGUUCGGAGUUUAAACAUGAAGAAAACAAUGAAUUAAUGAGAUUCUUUGAUCAGUGCAGAAGAUUUAUCCAAGAUGUGGUGAAUAGCCGUACGGCUCUAACAGAGGUGGACUUGUUCAGGUCAAGACCAGAGAUGAGAAGAGUCCAGGAGAAGGUUGCAGAUCGCUUGCAAGUUCCAUACAGUAAUAUCACAACAGAUUUGGUUGAAGCUGCAUUCCUCCUGUGUGCUUAUGAAUUUGCUAUCAAAACUGAGAAUUCAGCUUGGUGCAGACUGUUUGACAAAGAGGAUGCCCAGGUUUUGGAAUAUUCAAGUGACCUAAAACAGUUCUGGAAAAGAGGUUAUGGUCAUGAUAUUAACAGCAAGUCCAGCUGCUCUCUUUUUCAUGAUGUCUUCAAUCGUCUUGACCGGGUUGCCAAUGCAAGCAGGCUUGGUCAGGUGACGGAAGCCGUCGCAGUCCAGAUGGGUCACGCUGACACCCUCCUGCCUCUGCUCACUCUCCUGGGUUUCUUCAAGGACGAGCUGCCUCUCAACGCCAGCAACUACGCCUUGCAGCAGGACCGCGCAUUCCGCGUUAGCCGCUUCAUGCCCUACGCUGCCAACCUGCUCUUCGUGCUGUACGACUGCCCUGAGGGGCUCAGGCUGCAGGCCCUGCUCAACGAGAAGCCGCUUUACUUCCCCAACAUCCAGCACCGUGCUCCUCUGUAUCAUACAGUCAAACAGGCUUACCAACAGCUUCUGCUGGGCUGCAGCUUCAAGCAAGAAUGUGAACUGCCCUCACACAUCUGAAUAAAAAUAAUAAUAAUGAUA